AUGAAUUCGGACUCCAGCUCGGUGUCGAGCCGCGCGUCCUCGCCAGACAUGGACGAGCUGUACCACCACCACCACCAUCACCACCACCACCACCACUCGGUGUCGUCCACGCAGAGCGACGUCGGCGGCAAGGGCUCGUCGGGGGACGGCGGCGGCGGCGGCCUGUCCCGCGGCGGCUCCAAGGGCUCGCCGGGCGACAGCAGCAAGUACAAGCUGAAGAAGCAGCUGUCCGAGCAGGACCUGCAGCAGCUGCGGCUGAAGAUCAACGGGCGCGAGCGCAAGCGCAUGCACGACCUCAACCUGGCCAUGGACGGGCUGCGCGAGGUGAUGCCCUACGCGCACGGGCCGUCGGUGCGCAAGCUCUCCAAGAUCGCCACGCUGCUGCUGGCGCGCAACUACAUCCUGAUGCUCACCAGCUCGCUGGAGGAGAUGAAGCGGCUGGUGGGCGAGAUCUACGGCGGCCACCACUCGGCCUUCCACUGCGGCAGCGUGGCCCACCCGGCCGCCGGCCACCCGGCCGUGCACCCGGCCCACCCCAUCCUGGGCGGCGCCCUGUCGUCGGCCAACGCGCCCUCGCCGCUCGCGGCCUCGCUGCCCGGCCUGGGCGCCAUCCGGCCGCCCCACGCGCUGCUCAAGGCGACGCCCGCGACGCCGCCCGGCCUGCAGCUCGGCGCCGCCGGCGGCUUCCAGCACUGGGCCGGCCUGCCGUGCCCGUGCAGCAUCUGCCAGAUGCCGCCGCCGCCGCACCUCUCGGCCCUGGGCGCCACGGCCGGCCUGGCCCGGAUCUCCACAGAAGCCAAGGACUUGCUCAAGUGA